CUAAGUUGUCUCCGUUCUUAUCCGUUCUAUAAAUUGAGUUCAAAAUCACACUGAUUUCCUCAUCUUUCUCUACUCCAAUACAAUUUCAUCACAAGAGAGAAACUAAUUAGUUUGUGGGAGUCCAUUACUGGGUAAUUAGAGAGUACUAUUAAAAUGGGUACUGGAAACAGUGUUAGGGUUUUCAUUUUGUUGGGUCUUUUGUUUGCUGUUGUAACACUAAUCGCCUCGGAGGUUUCAGCAGCUAACGAUUUAGCUGAGAAGACAGCUAAGGAAGAGAUAUCUGCGGAAAAUGGGCUACAAGAUGCCAAGUACGGAGGGUAUCAAGGCGGCGGUGGAUAUCCAGGUAAUGGAGGGUAUCAAGGCGGUGGUGGUAAUGGAGGUAGAUACCAAGGUGGCAGAGGUGGAGGACGUGGUAGGUACAGAUGCCGACAUGGGUGUUGUGACCGUGGUGGGUACUACAGAGGUGAUUGCUACAAUUGUUGCUAUUCUGCUGCUCAUGCCAAAGCCUUUGCAGCUGAAGCAACCACUACUACUGAUAAUCUCAAGCCUUAGAGAUCUAGCUUACUAUAUGUAUCUUGAAACCGCGGAUAAUCUUGAGCCUUAGAGAGAUCUAGCUUAUUAUAUGUAUUUCGAAAAUAUGUAUCCUUAUUCCUUACCACCGAACUUAAGAUUCUACGAGUAAUAUGAAUGAAUAAGAUAUGUUUUCAUCUAG